CAAGUUCACCCCGACUUGUCCUCUCCCUCUCUCACCCGCCGCCUCUGCCUCGACGCGACGCGACGCGACGCCCGAAGGGACACCGGCGACGCUGCAGCGAAUGGCCAUGGCCGUGAUCCGCCUCGCGGGGCCCGGCGCCCUCCUCCCGCCAGCGCCGUCUCUCCGGCCCCGGGCGCGCGGUUGCGCCGUGCGGCUGGGCCUGCGCGUGAGGUGCCGCGCGGCCGGCGGGGACGGGGAGGAAGGGAAGGAGGAGGAGGCGCCGGAGUCGCUCUUCGCCAGGGAGCUCCGGCGGCGCGGGAUGGCGCCGGGGUCCGCGACGCCGGCGGAGGCCAAGGAGGCUGAGGAGGGGGGAGCGGGGGCGGGGAGGAAGCGCGGCGUGGCGGCCGCGGCGGAGUUCGAUCGUGGCGCCGCCGCGGACGGCCAGCGGGAGCGCUCCAUGGCGCUCAACAGCGAAGGCCUCGAGGGCCUUGUACCACGGGCAAAGUUACUAUUGUCACUUGGCGGUACCUUCUUUCUGGCAUUUGGGCCCCUGAUUCUUGUUACUGUUUCUCUCUUUGCUGGUUUAUAUGUGUACUUUGGACCAAGUUUUGUGCAUGAUGCAAGCAAGAAUCCAGUGUCGCCACCGCCAUACAUUGAUCCAUAUCAGCUACUGGAAGACGAGAGGCUCACCCUGCCCUCCCCAGAUGUGUUCUGAACCUGAAUAUUGCAAGAACAAGUGCACUAGUGACCACAAGAAAUGGUCAUACGUACAUAGCUUAAUACUUCCUUUUUGUUUGUUUUACUAGGCGACUAGCUGUAAAUGCAAAUAUAGCUGUAGACUGUUAUAAUGAAGCAUUUAACACGAUAUCCAUAGAUUUCACGUCAACGUUGAUCUCUGAACAA